CCGUGCCGCGCCGCCAGCAGCCGGAGCUGGAACUGGUACCGCUGCCUCCGCCGCGGGGGGAGGCGCUGCCCGCGCCCCCGCGCCCCCGCGCCUCGCCCGGCAGCAGCCUCGGCAGCUCCGCCAGCUCCAGCGGCAGCUCCAGCACCAUGGACAUCUCCUUCAUGGCCGCGCAGCUUCCUGUUAUGGGAGGAGCCUUUAUGGACUCACCCAACGAGGACUUUAGUACAGAGUACUCCUUGUUCAACUCAUCAGCCAACGUCCAUGCAGCUUCUUCCAUGCAGAAUCCACCAGAAGAGACAUCCCGUUCUUCAAAUGAUGCCAUAUUGCUAUGGAUUGCAAUAAUAGCAACAAUUGGAAAUAUUGUGGUUGUGGGAGUGGUGUACGCCUUCACCUUCUAGGAUGAGUAUCGCUUCAAACGCUGGAAGAGAGUAUACCUGCAACAGUAUUUGUCAUGUGUAUGUACGUAUGUGUGUAUAUAUAUAUACAUGUAUAUUUAUAUAAAUACUUAUAGGUAGGGACUUUGUUAAUUAAGUGCUGCCACAAUCAUGGAAAUGAAAUGCAAGUUAAACAUCUUGAAUCUUGAUGACAUAAUGUUUGGAUGCAGUUGCGAAUUGUAUGGAGAUGAGAGCUUUAGUUGAGAACAGAGCCAGUACGAUUUUUUUAUAGAAAUGUAGUAAAAGAGAUACCAACAUGGGUAUGGUAAAUACAAAUAGAAAUUAAGGUUUAUAUAGAAAGUGCUUAUUUUCUACUGUUUAGAUUUUUCUAGCAGCUCUUCUGCAUUUUGUCAGCUUUUUUUUGUGCAUUUUUUACUGUUGUAUAAUGUUGUAUGAAAUUGUUCUAUGUCAUGUUUGCUGGACAUCUUGGUUUUCCAGAUGGACUAAAUGGUUGACAUUGGCUCAGUUCUGAUGAAGCACAAGUUCAUGCUUCAUGUGUGACUCUUCAGCAAGUGUGUACACUACUAGGCUGUGUUGAAAAUCAUGAAUCUUAAAGCUAUGACAGGCCAGAUGCAUGCUGUCUUAAUACCUGCCUUCCAGUAUCAAUUACUGGAUCAGCUACUCAAUGAAUCAACGCUAAACCUGUCUGCUGUUUGGAGGAGAAGACACAGCUAUUGCAAGGUAUGGCUGGACCGCAGAACCCCUGCACUACAGAGGUGGAAGUGUUAAACAGAGCAACCGCAUAAGCUCUCAUUUCAGUCUAGAGAUGCUGGAUUGCAGUGAUUUGUAGAUAGGCCACUUCCAGGAAACAAAGGCCAAAUACCGUGCUUUUCAGUUUAUUUCACUGUAAUCCAGAUUUCCUACAGAAGCUAUGUACUUUCAUAAGCUUAUUGGUGUAUCAAAACAAUGUGGGGGAAAUUGCAAAUCCUAAUUAACAGUGAACAAUAUCUAUGAGAAAAGUAGAAUUAAAAGAGAGAUUGGAUGCUUACAUGCUCAUGAGGGAGUGAUUGUGAGAGGCAGUUAUGUCCUGGCGUAGAAACAGCACAAAAAAGGUGGUAAGUGGCAGAUACACAAGUCCUUAUAUUACACUGUUAAUAUGUCUCUGGGUUCUGAUGAGGCUUCUCAAAAUAGAAGCCUUUUUUGUAUAGACUGCUUUAGGUAACAACUCUGAUUGUCAUUUGGAUUUGUCUCUUGAGGGACAGCAUUGUCACUCCAUUGUUUCAGUGAGUAGUUCUUUUCCAAGAGCUGUAUUUUUUCAAAACAAGCUGUAGCCUUCCUUGCCUCCUUUCUUCCUUGAAGGAAGAAAAAAAAAAUUAUCUCUAUUGGAAGUGUCCCUUAAAAAGUAAACACAAACAGAUAAAUUGCCUGAACUUAAAGAGUAGCAGACAAAUUCUUCUAUGUUUGCAUGUGAUGUAUAAGUUCUCUAUCUCAUACAUCUACUACACUAAUUCCAGAAAGCCUUGUCUGCAGGCAUAAAGACUAUUUUUGACACUUGCCUGCCACUGAGCUUGAGGCUGGACUGAGACAUGCUGAAUAUAUAGAGAGGUUUGGAUUUACUUCUUUUCUCUUUAAACCCAUUUUCCUGCAGGGAUGGUGGACAGCUACUUAAAGCAUCACGCUCCAUAUCAGUAUUUAUAUAUAACCAGUCAAUAGUCACUGUGUAUAUUUUUUUUCCCUCUAUGAACUGGCCUUUAAAGCUGCGAAAGAUGCAAACAGAGCUAGUGAAGGUGGGGAAAGAAACUAAGUUAUUUUGAGUCUGAGAAAAACAAUGACAACUCACUUGAGGAACUAAGCUUCUGUGUGUGGUUAUUUCCCUGUUUUUAUGCAGGAUUUUGUGAAGAUGGUUGAGGUUAGCUGAGAUCUGUGCUGGGAAAAAGUUUGAGAAGACCAAUUCAGGAAAAUCAGCAAGACAGAAAGCAAAUUUUGUCUAUUAAAAUAUCUGGAGUCUUAAGAAUAAUGCAAAAUUGAUGAUUUUCACUGUCCUAAAAUAGCUAUUCAUUCCUUCAUAGGCAGAGGAUAAUAAAAGACAGGGAAGCUCUAUAAAUUGUGUACCUUUCCUGUUGUUACAUACCUUCUUAUUCUCACUGAGCAGAACACAAGUGAUUAAGCAAGGCUGUAAAGCUGCAGUAAAGUUUCCAGUACAGAAAUGAGCAGGACAACAUCUGGUGGACAAACAUGUAGGACCCAUGGAAAUACUGCUUGAUGUAAUGUACUGUCCCCAAUCAUUUUCUGAUAUCCUGAUGCCUUUGUAAUUGUGCCAAAUACUCAUGGACUUUUCUUCAGUGUUUCUGUAGGUUUUCUACUUAUGCCAGAUCUCGCAAGCACUGUUUUUGCAUGAAAAGGAAAACAUUUCCACCAUGAUUAAAACCAGUUUGGCACUAUGGUAGUUGCCCAAUGGGAUUAUUUUUACUGCUUAAUGAAUUUGCCAGCAGAGUGCUGUGUUUAAAUUUCCUAGAAUAUUAACCUUAGUGCAAUCAUGAAUGUUUGCAUCUCUCUCCAAAAGAACUAGACUAAAUUUUUCAGCCAUGAAGAAGAGCAUUAGAGCAGGAACAGCAAAGAAACACCACUGUGCUAGGGAAACUGAGUGACACUUUUGUGUUGCUUUCCCCAAAGGAAGUGCCCUACUUUCAUGUGAAAUUGGAAAACAAUGAGUUUUGCCUCCUGCAUUCAGAUGAUCAUCAUACGUAUUUUAAACAUUAGAGGCUGAGUUGUCAAGAAGGGCCAGAUAGAACUUUAAUUAAAGUAAUUGGCUUGACAGGGUGACAUGGCAAGCUGUGUGCAGGCAGCAAGUGCAAGCAUUUCCUGUCUCGUAGUUAACUAGACACUAGCUGUGCAGCUUUUCUGUUGGGAAAAACUAGGUUAGAGAUAGAGGUGCAAGGAUAUUUCAUGCAGGAGUCUGUACAGAAUAUUGUCAAGUGUAUUAAAGAUCCCUAACUUGCAGUGGGCAGAGUUGGUUCAAACUCUAAUCUGCUUUGAUAGUGAUAACAUGCGCAGUAUGUUGCUGGAUGUUGUGUUCUGGCUUCAUCCAUUCCAGCCACUUCCAUCUUCUGGGAGGUUAGGGAAGGUUGAUAAUCAGGCAUUGAAAAGGGGAACUCAUCCAUCACUGAGUUCAGAAAAGCCACAGAGGGGAGUGAAGCGGAUGGAUGGUGGAUGUUUCAUAGGUAUGGUUCUGUUAAAGGUGGGUAUAUGUUAUACCCCAAACUGUCAACACAACUUGACUUGGAGUAACUUCUUUCCUUGGAGCUAGGCAGCUGGAUAACUGCUGUCACUCACUGAAGGUGACAAGGAAGCCCAAAUGCAUUCCCCAGAGCUGUUCUCUGGAGCUCAAUCUGUAAAAGCAGAAGAGGGCUCAGUGCUAUGCUGAACACUUUGUGUACCAGCACGAGAGCAGGAUUCCACUGGUAGAAGAUCUGUAUAUUAAAUAAAAGCAUCUAGCAGAGAUAAGUUACAUGAUUCUGACUGGAGUUUGCUGUGUAGUGGACAAAGAAAAAUAAGCAGUGUUAGACCUCUAGCUGUGUUUUAAACAGCAUUGCUGGACACAAAAAGCAAUAUAAUAUGUGCUCUGCAAGUUAUUACUGAGCCGUGGGAAGGAGGCAGAUAGUUGAAUGCCCUAACAAGACUCUUCUAGCAACGGCCUCUAGGAAUCAAUAGCAACACAUCAAAUAAUUGAACUGUCUCAUAGGAAAUUUUUUACUCUAAGCAGCCAGCAGCUCGAUUGGCAGCUGUGCAGCCACCAUGGCAAAGAGACUAAAGGCUGAACAGGUACAAAGAUCGGUGCAAAGACACAUUAGAUAGGAGAUCGGCAGAGGAAAACUCGCAAAGAUACUGCUGUUAUAUUUUUAUCUGCAAGGCUAGAAGUCUGUGCUUGUCCACAGCAUUAGCAUCCUCCUAAAAGAAAAUGAAGAAGGAUGUAUUUCUGUGUCAACACACCUGAAAAACUGCACAAUAGAUUUUGAAACUGAUGCAAACAGUAGCAGAAGGCCUAGCCUUCUAUAUAUAAUGUAUUUAGCCAUUUGAAUGGGCAGAUGAGCUGACAGAUACCUCAAAAGUAAUGAGGUUCCCCUCUCCAAAAUCCUUGUUUGCAAUGAGACUUGAGGCCAGUCAGCAUCCCACACCAAACUGUUGAGUAGCCUGUAAUAAUGAUUCACAAAUCAAGACUGAAUAGAAGCAGCUGGCCAUUACAGUCUUGUACAUCCACUUGAAGAUAAAGGGAAACUCUGCCUUUGUGUCUGGGACCAAACAAAAAACAGGAACCCUUCCUCUGUAGGUUAUGUAUUUUGACUACUAUUGGAAGCUUUCAUUUUGCUAUUCUCAAACAAUCCCAGUUUUUAAUAUCCUCUUCACAUUUCUCUGCAGGCUGCUGAGAGUUAUUAAUUUCACAUAGCUCUGUCUAUUUAUCCAAUGCAAUUUUACUGAGUUUCCUGUGGCUAAUCAUAGAGCAGAAUCUGGAAAAUUACUCCUUUUAAGGCUGGUUUCCGUUAUUGAGAUAAAUAGGCCAAAAAUCAGAAUCCCAAAUCAAAGUCGUUCUGUGCUGUUGGGGUAUUCAGAGCUCUAGAGAAUUAGAUUUCAUCUGGUUAAUAUGCAGAAAGGAAAAAGGCAGUCAGGUCCCUCAUGAUAAUGUCAGACAUCAGGGUUCUGACAGGCAGAGCUGAGUGCUUCAUUAACUCUGGAUUUGCCCCUCUGAACCCUGCUGGUUUCCUGGGUGCACAGCCUGAGCUGAGUUUAAGUGAACUAACCAUCAGGUACAGCAUGGCCCUCAUCACCUUACAGCUUGUUAAUCCUCAGGCAAACCAGUGUGUUUAUUCCAUUAACAGAAGGAGAGAUCAGUAUUCUGCUAGGUAUAUUGUUAUUGGUACAUUGGUCCACUACCAAUAAGGUAUAGAGGUGUUUUAACACGUGGUUAGCCCUUUGCCCCUGAUCUGGGGACAUCCUAAAGAAACCAAAAGCACCCUGAGGCCUUAAAAUCUCCUACUGCCCUUGAUCUGGCACUAACUUCUUGUAUUUUCUCAUAUAACCCCUCUUUUACCUUGUUUUUCCAACUCAAAACAAUGGAAAUUAAGUCAUCGCUGUGCUAUUCUCUGGACACAUAGGGAACACCUAACAGCUAGGGCAUGACUGUGCCACUUCAGUUUUUGGACACAAUGGUGGAGGAAAGUGUCCAAUUGUCUAUCCAGGAGACUCCAGAUGAAUAUACGUCUUUGCAGAACAAAAUGCAUUGCAACGUUAUCUCAUUCUGGUCUGUACCAGAGUAUUUACAGCACAAAAACAUGACCGAGAGUUGCCUUUGCAGUAACUUGUUUUGGGAAUUACAGCAACACAGCCAGGAUCUGGAAAAGAAACAUAAAUGUAUUACAUAGCUAAUCAUCGCAAUGGCAUACCCCUGAAGGCAAGUUUGCCUCAGUGUCAUAGGCAGACCUGAUCUGUUGGUAGCAAGCAAAUUUCCUUUCCUUUUGCAUGAGCACAAAUUUUUCAGGAAAUCUUGGGAGCAUUGCACCACACAUCUAUCUUUCCUAUGUAGGCUGCUAGUGAAGAUAUUUUUCAGUUGUAGAAAAGACUCAAAAAGCUCCCCAUAUUGCUAGAAUACAUGCAAGAUUUACCUUCUAAAGCUCUGCUUAAUCUCCCUGCAAAAAAAACCAAAAAACCCUAUGUUUCUUAAGUGUGGAAUGUUAAUGAGUCAAAUAUCAUCUAUACAGUAUUACCACCUUAUUUUAAUCUACAGCUUUAUGCCACUAGGUCUGAAAGAGAAUCUUACCCAGACUUCCAAAUCAGAGACAAGUCACUUCUCAAGACUCUCUCAAAUGUCACUACCCCAUCCUUUAGGCUGCAUCAUGAAUCAUUACACCCCAAAGUACCCUGACAUGAACUAGCAUCCAUCCCUUUAAACCCUUUGUCACCACCAUGUGUCUCUAUGCCUUCAUUUAAUUUCUCCCCAUGUCUACUCUGUAUUCAGUUCAUUCCCUGGUAUCAGAGCAUGCAACCAUUUGGAAGCCAGUGAUGUUCUGCAGUCCUUCUUAAUCACCUCAUUGAUUGACACUUACUGGAAUAGGGUCAGUGAUAAGUAAGGACUUAUCACAGUAAGUGCAAAGGUCAGUGAUAGAAGGUCGUUUUGUGUAAUCUUGUUAUCUGCCUUAGCAAACCACAAAAUGUUUUCCUCCAAGCCGAAGGGUAAGAUGUGGCCAUGAAGUUUGGUAGCUGUAUUGUCAGUAUCCACACAACCCAAAGCUACCUUUUAGAAAUUCAGAUUUUGUAAAUACACUGCACUGUUUUGUAGUUAGCACUUACUAAGCUUUUCCCAGCCUGAAGCCCUUUGUUAUUUUUAGCAAAUCAGAAUCAGUGGGAAUGUACUGGGGUAAGGCAGGGGAAGUGGGCACUAGGAAGACUAGAAAAGCUCCAAGUGCUUUAUUGUAAGGUCAAGGCCAUUAAACAGUAGCCUAUGCGGUAAAGACAAAACCCCACAAUGUGCUAAGUCAUUUCAAAGCUGGGCACCUCUAUAGUUCUCAGAUGCACAGCCAAGCUCCUAUAGCCAGAUCAAGCAUCUCUAAAUCUCAUUGUGACCAAAAGGAAGUGUAUUCCUUGGCUAGAACUGAGAGAGCCAAGCAGCCUCCCUCACAAGUCCCUGCUUGCUCUGGUAUUGUUCUAGGAGCCUCCUGAGCUGCAGUCAUUAAGGUGAUUUCACAUUUCCUGUGGAAUUCAACCCCACUAACGAGGGAAUAAGGUUGAGCUGUUUGCAGAUGUAGGUCUAAAACCCUACUCAGUUACUGCCUUAGUAAGGAUGAUUGAAGUUCUUGAGCCUGCAAUCUGCUCUGUCUAGAGGGAGCUUUGCCUCCACCUGGAGUCAGCUGGAUUAAUAACACUUCUACACUUCUGACAUCUGCUUCAGUUAAUCAGCUUGCAGGACUAGCUCUAGAUUGCUAGGCUAUUAUUUUAAAUAUAUCUGAAGAUGUCUGUACUUUCUUAAUCAAAAUAAAUAAAGAGAGCAGAGUAGUGUAUUUUUUAAAAUGAGAAGGUGAUAGAAACCAAGUCUAAAUAUUUUGAUAGAUAUGGUCAAGGGUAUAUAAUGUAGCAAAUAGUUACACUAUUUUUUCUAUUUUCUGAGUACCUAACCUGAGAAAUAUUUGUUCUUUCUCAAACAAAGACCUCUUUCAGUUCUGAAGUUAUGAAGCUUGGAAGGAAUAGAGCGUAAAGCCUCAAUGAAAUUUUAAGCUAAUGUAAAUAAAUCCAGUAACUAACUUUGUACGAUAGCCUGUAAUAUUUGGUUUUCUGUUACCUCAUCUUAAAUAUUGCCUAAUGCUUUGUUGUGAUUUUUACAAAGUAAACAUAAUAGUGACACUUUUGAAAGCAUCUAUACUGCAUGCAAAAUUGCAGUCAUAUGGAAAUUACAUACUUCAGCUCAUGUAAAACAGCUUUACAGGAGCCCUUUAGUAUGCACUACUACUUUUCCUAAUAAUCCUUGACAAUUUCAUUUUCUUGUGUUUUCUCUCCCCCCUACCCUGUUUUGUACACUAACAAGUUUGCAGGGCUUCUCUGUAUUGUUUUUGUAAUAUAUGGGAUGGUUUAAAGAAAAAACAUUGCUCUUGUAAUUAUCGUUCUUGAAAUGUGAAUCUCUAUUUGUAAAGAGAAAAACGACUUAAAAAAACCCCUCUGUUUACUCUAAGUUUACUCUAAUUAGUUGGCAGAAAUGUAUCCUUUUAAGCUCCAGUUAUUGACUGCUUUCACCAUGUGUGUAUUUAGUGCUGGUUCCUUCUUUUACUAUGGUGAAAAUUACAAGUUUUGUUAAUAUCAGAUGGAAAAUGUGUUUUGGAUAAAGUUCUUCAAAUCGAA